AUUUUGCAAUGUUUGCGUAAAACAACAUUGUAAUAAACAGAGUAAAACCGGCAAAUAUCAAACCGGUGACAUACGACGGAGAUGGAGAUACUCGCGGCGGAGGAUAUCGAAAUCGGCACAGAUUUAUUCCCACCACUCUCUCCUCUCGCUUCCUCUCUCUACGAAUCCUUCCUCUCCUCUCACUGCUCCUCCUGCUUCUCCCUUCUCCCUCCAUCUCCGCCGCACUCUCUCUACUGCUCCGCCACAUGCUCCCUCACCGAUUCUUUCACCAAUUUCCCUGAAUUCCCACCGGAAAUAACCCCAAUUCUCCCCUCCGACAUCCGUACAGCUCUCCGUCUUCUAAAUUCAACCGGCGUCGACACUUCCUCAUCGCCCCACCGUCUUAAUGGCCUUCUCACUAAUCACCAUCUCCUCAUGGCAGAUUCUUCCUUCUCACUCGCUAUCCACCACGCCGCCAGUUUCAUAGCCACCGUUCUUAGAUCAAACCGGAAAAACACAGAGUUGGAAGAAGCAGCUAUAUGCUCUGUGCUAACAAACGCCGUUGAGGUGCAAGAUAGCAACGGACUCGCUCUUGGAAUCGCUCUUUAUGAUUCAAGAUUCUCUUGGAUUAACCAUAGCUGCUCUCCAAACUCUUGUUACCGUUUCGUCAACAACACGACGUCGUAUCAUGAUGAUCUUGCCUAUCCAAUAACCAUUCCUCAUGUCACCAACACAGAAACAUUAUCCAACUUAGAAUUGCAGGAACAUGUAAGAACAGUGGGAUAUGGACCAAAGGUGAUUGCUAGAAGUAUUAAGAGGAUUAAGAGUGGUGAAGAGAUCACUGUAUCGUAUAUCGACUUACUUCAACCCACGGGAUUGAGGCAGUCAGAUUUGUGGUUGAAAUAUCGAUUUAUGUGUAACUGUGGACGAUGUGCAGCAUCGCCUCCGGCUUAUGUGGACUCGGUUUUAGAGGGAGUUCUUGUGUUGAAGCCUGAAGAAACAACCGUUGAUUACCAUCAUGGAACCACCAACAAAGAUGAAGCAGUGGCAAAGAUGACUGAUUAUAUCCAAGAAGCCAUAGAUGAUUUUUUAUCGGACAAUAUUGAUCCCAAAACAUGUUUUGAGAAGAUCGAGAGUGUGCUGCAUCACGGCAUCCAGUUCAAAGCCGACUCACAGCCUCAUUGUCUGCAGUUACAUGCGUGUCACUACGUUGCUCUGAAUGCUUACAUUACUCUGGCUACUGCUUACAGAAUCCGUUCGAUUGAUUCUGAAACUGGCAUUGUUUUUGACAUGAGCAGGAUAAGUGCAGCCUACUCUUUCUUCCUUGCUUGUGCUUCUCACCUACUCUUUUCUGCGGAACCUUGUCUUGCUAUUUCUGCCGCAAAUUUCUGGAAAAAUGCUGGAGAAUCAUUGUUAGAUCUGGCCUCGAAGUUUCCGCUGGAACGAUCUGUAGAAUCUGAUGUCAAAUGCACGAAAUGUCUUAUUCUUGGAACCCCCAAUUCAAACAGAGAUAUCAAAGAAAAGUCUAGGCAGAUUCUGAGUUGUGUCACAGACAUCUCACAAGUCAUAUGGAGUUUCCUCACUCGCGGUUGCCCUUACCUGCAAAAGUUUAGGAGUCCAGUUGAUUUCAGUUUGACGAGGAUCAAUGGCGAGAGAAAAGAAUCGAUUAAGGAUCAAACAGUAAAUGUUCUUUUACUCUCUUUUCACUGUGUACUCUAUGCAGACCUUUUGGCUGAUUUAUGUUACGGUGAGAAGUCACAUUUGGUGUCUUAAUUCCGAGUGUGAUCUGCCAUUUGCUGAGUUGAGGAAUACAUUUCAUUAUUUCUUCUAUUGAAUAAUUUGAGUUUUAAUGUUUACAUUGGUUUAUAAAGUCAAGCUCUGUAG